AUGUCGUCCGGAGAGCCAUUGAUCAUUGCAGUUAUAGGUGGUGGUGUAGCUGGGCUCACGCUAGCAUUGGCAGCACACCAACGCGGAGUUCGGGUCGAUGUUUUUGAAAGAAAUGCUGAAAUCACGGAGGUGGGAGCAGGUUUAGCUCUGGGUGCAAAUGCGGUGAGAAUCAUCGAGAGUCUAGGAAUCAAAGACGAGUUCCGGGCAAUCUCAUCUCUUUCCACCAACCAGGUUCAAAACAUUUAUCGGAGGUACAACACCUCCGAAGAGUAUCAUCGUGGAUUAUACUCUAAUCCCGAUGAUCAUUCUGCGUACCAUCACAGGGCUGAUUUUGUCAAACUUCUAGCCUCUGCUAUUCCCUCUGACCAGAUUCACCUGAACAAGAAGUUUAAGUCUGCAAACCAAAGCCAGGACAAAGUGACUGUGGCUUUUGAGGACGGUAGUGAAUUUGAGGCAGACAUUCUUGUUGGAGCAGAUGGUAUCCAUUCUAAAGUUCGCAAGUACUUUUUCCGUGAUGACAACCCUGUCAAUUCUUAUCAGGUCAUGUACCGCGAAGUCAUCGACAUCAAAGAUUUGAAAGGUCCUUUUGAGAAUGAUUUGUCCCAGACCACAAUUUGGCCUGCUCCGGGGAAACGUCAUGUUGUGACAUUCCCCAUUGACCAAGGAAGAAGGUUUGCGGCUGCUGCGAUUGUUCCGGUCUCCGAGGACAAGAAGGCAGAAGAAUCAUGGCUUUUAGAUGGAAACGUUUCAGAUCUACUUGAAAUUCUUGAUGAUUACCACGAGGAUGUUAAAAACAUUUUCCGGUCAUUCAAGAAAAUAAAAAUCUAUGGCUUGUAUGACAGGGAAAAGCUUGAUACAUGGGUUGACGGCAACGUUUUGCUGAUAGGCGAUGCCGCUCACCCCGGCCUACCACACCAGGGUGCUAAUGCAGGGCAAGCUAUUGAGGACGCGUAUGCGCUUGCAAUUACAUUAAAGUAUUCUGAAGUUGAUGACGACAGAAGAAAAAACUUAAACAAAUGGCUGAAGGUUUUUGAAAGAGCAAGAAAAGAUCAUGCAGAAGGUGUUGCCCUCACUUCAAGAAGAAUGGGACAUGUUUUCAAUGAGCUUGUGGACAACGAAAAGGCCGUGAAGAUUAUUAAGGAUAAUUUCCGCUGGAUUUUCAACAGUGAUCCAUCAACUGAAGUUCAAAAGGCUGUUUUUGAGUAUUUUGGCUAUGAGCUGGCUUUCAAGCUGAUAGAAUAG